AUGGAUAAUAUAUUGGAUUUGCGGAUCAUUUGUUGUACAUGUUUGAAUGUUACGCAUAGCACGAUUUCGAUCUAUCAUCAAGAUUUAAAGUACAAUGUUUCAUUCGCGGAAAUGAUCAACAAAAUUUGCUUACUGGAGUUCAAACCCAACGAUGAAUGUCCCGAUAAACUGUGUUAUACGUGUGCUGAUAAGCUGCGAACGGCUUACGAUUUUCGAUUGAUGUGUGACGAUUCCAGAACUAUUCUUCUUAGGCAUCGGAAAAACACCCCGAAUUCAUCGACAAUGGAACUGUCUCAAACUGGAGCUGAAGGACUGAAUUCUGAAGGAAUCCCCACUCUUUUGGACACAAGUAACGAUUUGAUUGAAUACGACGGUGAAGUGGAAUACCUGGAGGAAUAUCUUUUAGAUACAGAACACACUAUACCAUCCAGUACAGGUGAAAACUUAGCACAAAAUAUCAACGAUUCAGUCGUUGAAGAAUGUAUCGACUAUGAACCCACCGUUGAGGAACAAAGCAUUGCAGAAGAGGAUAAUAGAAUCUUUGAAAUAGAUGCAGAAAACGAAACAAACCAAGACCAAACCACCGAUGAGGACGAAACGCUGGAAAACGAACAUCGCUGCACGAUUUGUGGUGUCGUUUUAAGCAAAAUGGCACACCUACGACGUCACAUGAAAGCACACAGCGCAGCCAAACCCCAUCGAUGUACACAAUGCUCGAAAACCUUUACACGAUCGGAUAAUUUACGAGUGCACGAAGCAAAUCACUCGCAGGAGCGCAGAUUCCACUGUCCGCAGUGUGAUCAGUGCUAUAAAACCAUGAAUGCGAUGAAGCAACAUAUGAGCGUACGGCACAAAGGGUUCGUUGAGGCGAACUUCCAUGUAUGUACCAUUUGUAGUGCGUUUUUUAAAACCAAAGAGCAGUUGAACGUACACAUGAACAAGCACCGGAUCGAUAAUCGACUCGUCUGCUAUGUUUGCGGCAAAACUUUUGUCGAUAUGCUGCGCUACGAUGUACAUGUAAAGAAACAUGCGACGGCGGAUAGCGAACCAUUGGAGUGUUUUCAUUGCUCGAAACAGUUUCCCAGUAAGGCGCAACUGAUGCUUCAUAUACGGUACUACUCAGCGGAAAAAUCGUUCAAGUGCAAAUAUUGUGAGACAAGUUUCUCGCGGAGCACAGAUUUAAAAACUCAUGAAGACUAUCACACGGGUACAAAGAACCAUGCGUGUAAAACGUGCGGGAAAAGCUUUCAUCGGCGGAACGCGCUGAAAACACAUAUGAUGAUUCACACCGAGGAAAAACCUUACCAGUGUUCGCACUGUCCGAAAAAAUUUCGCCAGAAGUAUGACAUGAUUACGCACGAGCGUCGCCACACAGGGGAACGGUUCCAGUGCGAUAUGUGCGUGGAGAAGUUUAUUCACGCUCAUCAGCUGAAUUCUCAUUUGAAAAUAGUUCACAAAUGCGCCGUUCAGUGCCGCAAGCGUGGCGUGACAAAAAUUUUUAACGAGCCUGAAUUUCACUCUGGAUCACCAUCGGUCCAAAGUGAUCAAGGUAAUGAAAUCUGA